CGAGGGUUCAUCGGGCUCUGGUUACAGUGGAGAGGAGGGCGGCGACUCUAGCUCUGGCGAAGGUUCUGGCUCUGGCUAUGGUGGAGAGGAAGGAGGUGACUCUAGCUCUGGCGAAGGUGGCAAGGGCGAGAGCUCUGGAGGCUCUGGAUCGUCAGGCAGCGGUGAAGAUUCUUACUCUGGCGAGGGCUCUGGAUCGUCAGGCAGUGGUGAAGAUUCUUACUCUGGCGAGGGCUCUGGAUCGUCAGGCAGUGGCGAAGAUUCUUACUCUGGCGAGGGCUCUGGAUCGUCAGGCAGUGGCGAAGAUUCUUACUCUGGCGAAGGCUCCGAAUCGUCCGGCGAGGGCUCUUACAGUGGUGAGGGAUCCGGCUCAAGCGAUGACAGCUCUUAUGGAGGUGGUGCCAGCUCUGGCGGCGAGGGUAGCUCGUAUGGUGGCAGUGAUGGAGGCUCUUACGGUGGCGAGGAUGGUGGUUAUGGAACCGUUACCACCACCGUCUACAAGACCGUUUACCCUGAGGGCUACGAACCUACAGGUGUUGCUGAUGGCGGAUACGGUGGCAAGCCAACAGCCGCCUACGAAGACCCCAAAACUUUUGCCACCGAGACAGUCUACGCUACGGUGGCGCCUGAACCUACAUAUGGUGGCGAUAGCGGCAGCUACGAUGGUGAGCAGGGUCAGGGCGGAGAAAACUACGACGGUGAACAAGGCGGUAAAGGUCAAGGUGCACCACCUCAUGGAUACCCUGGUCUUGGCUACCAGUGGUUGAAGUGGCUGUUGCACUGGAACUAGGAGUAUAGCCCACCCCUUGUGAGCCAGAAAAGAGAAGGUGGAGCGGCAUCACCUAGAUGAAGUUUUGUUUGUGUUCUACUUAGUCCUGUACAAUUGUAAUAUUUUAGAGAAGUUGUCAAAA